AGAAGAAACAGAUUAGAAUGAAAGAAAACUCAAUGUUUGAAAAUCAAAUGAUAGAAAGUUCGAUGGUUAAAAGCCUGAUGGUUGAAAGCCCAGUAGUUGAAAGCUCAACAGUUGAAAGUUCAACAGUUGAAAACUUAAUUAUUGAAGAAAACUGA